AUGAGGUCACACACACACACUGUGACCGCCUAUGAGUGGUACACCCUCCUUCAAGCCGUCCUGCAUCUGAACCUGGCUGGCAGAGACCUGACGGACUAUUUCAUGGAGACUUUCAUCGAGCGAGGCUACAGCUUCACCACCACGGCCGAGCGGGAAAUUGUGCAUGACAUCAAGGAGAAACUCUGUUAUGUCAUCACCAUCAGCAAUGACUGUUUCUACUGCCCCGAAGCACUUUUCCAGCCCUCCUUCCUGGGCUUGGAGUCUUGUGGCAUCCACGGGACUACCUUUACCUCCAUCAUGAAGUGUGAUGUUGACAUCCGCAGUGACCUCUACACCAACACAGCGCUGUCCGGCGAGACCACCAUGGGCCCCAGCAUGGCUGACGGGAUGCAGAAGGAGAUCACAGCGCUGGCCCCCAGCACAACGAGUAUGAAGAUUGUUGCUCCCCCUGAGUGCACAUCCUCUGUGUGGCUGUCGAUCCUGCUGCUACUCCUGCUGUGGUCAGGCCCCCCAGGGGUCCCCAGCAUGGAGGAUGCUGACUUCCCCCACCUGGGGGAGAGCUCGCAGCCCCUGCCCCGUGCCUGCCCCCCACGCUGCUCCUGCCCACGUGCGGACACUGUGGACUGUGAUGGCCUGGACCUGCACGUGUUCCCGGACAACAUCACCAAGGCCGCUCAGCACCUGUCCCUCCAGAACAACCAGCUCCAGGAGCUCCCCUACAACGAGCUGUCUCGCCUCAGCAGCCUGCGGACCCUCAACCUGCACCACAACCUCAUCUCCUCCGAGGGCCUGCCAGAUGAGGCCUUCGAGUCCCUCACCCAGCUACAGCACGUCUAUGUUGCCCACAACAAGCUAUCAGUGGCCCCCCAGUUCCUGCCUCGCUCCCUCCGUGUUGUGGAUCUGGCUGCCAAUCAAGUGACAGAGGUUUUCCCGCUCACAUUUGGGGAGAAGCCAGAGCUCAGGUCCGUGUACCUCCACAACAACCAGCUGAGCAACGCGGGCCUGCCCCCGGACGCCUUCCGCGGCUCUGAGGCCGUCACCACCCUCAGCCUCUCCAGCAACCGGCUCAGCUACCUGCCACCCAGCCUGCCGCCCUCGCUGGAGCGGCUCCACCUGCAGAACAACCUCAUCUCCAAGGUGCCCCGAGGAGCCCUGAGCCGCCAGACUCGGCUCCGUGAACUCUACCUCCAGCACAACCGGCUGACUGACAGUGGCCUGGAUGCCACUACCUUCAGCAAGCUGUACAGCCUCGAGUACCUGGACCUCUCUCACAACCAGCUAGCCGAGGUGCCCGCCGGCCUGCCCCAGGCCCUGGCCGUGCUGCACCUGGGCCGCAACCACAUCCGGCGGGUGGAUGGCGCCCGGCUGCAGGGGGCACAGGGGCUGCGCUACCUGCUGCUACAGCACAACCAGCUGGGGGGCACAGGGCUGCCUCCGGGGGCGCUGCGGCCGCUACGGCGUCUGCACACCCUGCACCUCUACGGCAACGGGCUGGACCGCGUGCCCCGGGUGCUGCCCCGCCGUCUGCGCGCGCUGGUGCUGCCCCACAACCAGGUGGCUGUACUUGGCGCCCGCGACCUGGCUUCCACGCGGGGCCUGGCCGAGCUCAACCUGGCCUACAACCGCCUGACAAGUGCCCACGUCCACCACCGCGCCUUCCGUCCUCUGCGUGCCCUGCGCAGUCUCGACCUGGCUGGCAACCAGCUGACCCGGCUGCCCACAGGCCUGCCCUCCAGCCUCCACGCUCUGUGGCUGCAGCGCAACCAGCUCCGGGCCCUCGAGCCGGAGCCGUUGGCUGGCCUGGACCAGCUGCAGGAGCUCAGCCUGGCCCACAACCGGCUCCGGGUUGGCGACAUUGGGCCCGGCACCUGGCAUGAGGUGCAAGCACUCAAGGUGCUGGACCUCAGUCACAAUGAACUGUCCUUUGUGCCACCGGACCUGCCAGAGGCCCUGGAAGAGCUACACCUACAAGCCAACCGCAUUGGCCACGUGGGCCCUGAAGCCUUCGCUGGCACACCCCGCCUGCGGGCCAUCUUCCUCAGGGCCAACAGGCUUCAUAUGACAAGCAUCGCGCCCGAAGCCUUCCUGGGCCUCCCACACCUUCAAGUGGUGGACACGGCAGCUAACCCAGGGCAGGUCCUUGUCCGGCUGCAGCCCACGGUCUCCUCGGGCAGGGGGCCACUGAGGCCCAGGGACUGA